AACCAGAUAUCAUGUCAACUGUUGUCAAUGUUGAAGAAAAGACAGAAAAGACAGAAAGAUGUUUAGCUAUUAGUCCAGAAGGCGACUUUGUAGUUGAAUUUGUACAAAGUAAUUUCGAAUUACGCAUGUAUAAUGUAGAAAAUCCGGGUAAAGAUGACCUGAACGUAGAGGACAAUAAGAGGUUAUCAUAUAGAACACUUUCUCAUGGUUCAAAAUUAGACUUUAGUGAACUGAUUAGUUCCAUGAAAAAGCCCAUAAAAAAUAUGUUGAAAUGGUCUGUUGCCGUGUCAGAUAAAUCAAUUAAUGAAUCAAUGGAAUUUAGAUUACUAGCGAUAUCUUGUAUUAGUCAUGAAGACAUGAGGCCUAAAAAGGAACGUCAAGUAGAUCAUUACAAAGAUCGUGGAUUUACCAUGGUUUUUCGUAUUAACAAAGAUAAAGAUGAUUAUUCAAUUAUUGAUGUGAAAGAUAAAGAGCUACUAAUUGAAUAUGGAGGAAUUGUCAAAUUAUUUUCUAAUCAAGAUAACCAAAAAAUUAUUAAUGAUCAAAAAAUAGACGAAUAUUUUCUUAUACUCUUAAAAGCCUCAGGGAUCUAUAAGUAUCACUUGAAGUACUUGAGAAAUGAACUUAAUAACAAGGUUCAAAAGUUAAAAUACCCAAAAAGAAUACGCAAUACUAUUGUCUAUAAUAGUAAUCCCACUCACACGUCUCAAUAUAUGAAAAUUAGCGAAAUGUGUGUAGAAUAUAUUCAAAAAUGUUUACAUAAGCAUUAUUUUUUAGUAGAUAGUAAACAUGAGAAUGUCCCAUACAUGGAACUUUAUGACUUAAAAACAAACCAAUUAAUAAAUACUUUCCAGAGGCAGAAUAUAAAAACAAACUUAAGUUUUAUAAUUGAUAUUCCCGAUACGUUUGCGAUAUCAAACAACGAUAAAUUAUUAGCUUACAAUUCCAAAUAUCAAAUCAAUAUAUAUUUGAUUGAGUGUGGUAUUGAAAUAGCAUCUAUGGAGAUUGAUAAGUUUACCGAAAAUUUUAAUAAAGUUUUCAUGCAAUUUUUUCACAAUGACGAGAAAUUAUUGGUAUAUCUGUCAGAAGACAAUUGGUCUAUCUGGGAUAUUUUCUGCUCAGUACAAAGAUCCAUUAAACUCCAAGAUCCAACAUUUAAGUUCGAUAUUACUGAAGUUCCAUUGGUGCUGUCAAAUUCAUUUUUGGUAUUUAUUAAAAAAGAUGAGCUGAACAUUUGUGAUGAUUUGAUUAUAGAUAAACAUUUUAAACUUAUGAAUGAAACAAGUGACAAACAUGUUUGGAAGGAGCUAACGCUGAAAGAAGAGGAAGAAUAUUUUAUCGUGGAUCUUGGCGAUCAAAAACAAAAAGAAUUAGAUAAAUAUUAUCAUGUAAUUGAGCCAUGGGUGCCUAUCCUAUGCGAUCCGCGAUAUUCAUUUAAUCUUGAUAAAGAAAACGAAAAAGAAGUACUUUUAAUUGGAAACCGUACGAUUCAAGUUUGGCGUGAUCUAAAAAAGUCUAAAAGAAGGGAUCUUAAAUUCGUUUGUGUGAUUAGUGAUAUGAAUGAAAAGUUUGAAGUAGUCGAUCUUACCAAGGAAAAAAUGUGUGGUUUUGAGGUUAAACAAGUCGAAUAUGCCGCUGGAAAAUUUAAAAUUUUAAUUAAACUUAAACAUGCUGAAGAUGCUGAAGAAACAUUCCAACUUAAAAUUGAUGAUGAUUAUGACAUUAUCGAUACCGUGAAGUGUGCUUGCUACGCACUAAAAUAUUUUUCUGGUCAAAAACAGUCCGAAAUUCUUUUAGAUGAAGAUCGUCAUUCAAAAUUUAACGAUAUCAUCAAACAAACACGAAAUAUUAUAAUAAGGUUUAUUAAACUUUAUCCAGUCAUUUGGCGUUUGUUAGACGUCCGCUUUGACUUGAUGAGCGUUCUUAUUGAAUCGAAGGAAUAUGCUCUUAUAAAUGAAAUUUUAUUUGGUGCAACUGCUUCACUUCACGUGCCGCAAUAUUCUUCGUGGUCGGGUGGAAAAAAUACAAUUCGUAAAGCUUUUUCUGAUCCGACUAUUCUGGCAUACCUUUUAGAAUAUUAUUCGAAUAAUGCGAUUAAUAACAUUGGAUGGAUGAAUACUGUAGUUGAAAUCAUACCAGAUUUAUAUCGUGAAAAUUAUGGUGUAGAUUAUGCUCCCUAUGCUCGGAAAUUAUUUCAACAUCCUUGUUUUUGCAACAAACAAUUGGAUUUAUAUCAUUUCGAAUUUCUUGAAAUUUCACCAAAUAUAAGUGGUUUGAUGAAAAUUUUUAUACCUAUAACACAGUUGAUUCCACAAGAAUCCACGUUGGAUCUACAAGAGAUUAACUAUGAUAAAAUUUCUGAUAUUCGAAUGAUUCCUUUAGUCGAUUUCACGAUAAAUAAAAAAUUAAUGUCUGGUUCAGGAGGAAUAAUCACGAUUUUAAAGUCUUUAUUUCUUAUUGAUCGUAUUUAUCUGUAUUUUUCUUGUAAAAUAAUGGAUUAUAGUCCCUUUAUUCAACUUAUAAAAAGCAGCGAACGCGAUAUUUUUGAUGAAAAUCCGUCUAUAGGAGCUGCUAUGACUUGGAUGUUUAUUCUUCUUGGUUAUCCAUUAUAUAUUGGGUUAAGUCAAUCUCCGGAAACAUAUGAAGUUACAAAUGGAAAUGUUGUCUAUACAAUGACUCAAAAAACCUUGGAUAAUCCAUUUUCAAACUUUUUUCGUGCUAUACUUUCAGUAUAUAACUGGUCUUCAAUUUCACUAGAUACUUGGAAUUUCUGGCCGCUUGCAGUAAUUAGUUUACUCGGUGGAGUUUUUUUUGCAAUAAUUUUGCAAAAUGUGAUCAUUUCAUUUAUGAAUGAUGCUUUUUCAGAUGCGGUUGCAAAUAGCAAACGUGCUGUAUAUAGUUUUCAAAGUGACUUAAUUUAUGAAUAUGCAAUUCAUGAAAAUUUACCGAAUUAUAUUAAUGAUAUAGAUUCAAAAUUUAAAGAUAAAUUAAGGGCAAGGUAUAUCUGUUUUUAUGAUGAACCAUCUAUUACACAAACAUGGAAAGAAAAAUCUAGCAAGUUAGAAUUUGAACCAUAUCCUCAAAUAACUAAACCUGAGUUUAUUCUUCUUGGUUAUCCAUUAUAUAUUGGGUUAAGUCAAUCUCCGGAAACAUAUGAAGUUACAAAUGGAAAUGUUGUCUAUACAAUGACUCAAAAAACCUUGGAUAAUCCAUUUUCAAACUUUUUUCGUGCUAUACUUUCAGUAUAUAACUGGUCUUCAAUUUCACUAGAUACUUGGAAUUUCUGGCCGCUUGCAGUAAUUAGUUUACUCGGUGGAGUUUUUUUUGCAAUAAUUUUGCAAAAUGUGAUCAUUUCAUUUAUGAAUGAUGCUUUUUCAGAUGCGGUUGCAAAUAGCAAACGUGCUGUAUAUAGUUUUCAAAGUGACUUAAUUUAUGAAUAUGCAAUUCAUGAAAAUUUACCGAAUUAUAUUAAUGAUAUAGAUUCAAAAUUUAAAGAUAAAUUAAGGGCAAGGUAUAUCUGUUUUUAUGAUGAACCAUCUAUUACACAAACAUGGAAAGAAAAAUCUAGCAAGUUAGAAUUUGAACCAUAUCCUCAAAUAACUAAACCUGAGUUUGAUCCUUUAUUAAUAGAAAAAAAAAAAAAAAGUUAG